UCUUUACUUCACUUUUUGAAGUUGUUUUUUUAUAUUUUUUUUGCUAUUUUAAGUGAUGGCUAGGUCUCCUGCAUACCUUUAUUUAUUACCCGUGGGGUGCGAAAUUCUCAGUAAUAAAAGCGAAAACAGAAGAAAAGUACUGUAAACCUUUGAGGUAAACCCUGAACUAUCCGUCGUCUAAAAAUCAAAAUCAAAAGUUAUCAUUUCUAAUAGGCGGUUUUCUAGGCACUUCAUUAUUAUUUCCUCCAUAAUUUUAGUCACGUGCAUAUUCCCUAGCGAUAAAAGUAAAGUAUCCUGUAAAAUGCUCUAAUGCCUCAAAACCGAAGAAAAAGACUCUUUCGUGAAACAGGGAUUCAGGAUUAAAAAAAACAAAGUCUUCAACAAAAUGUGUCAUUCUUAAAGAAUUUACUUCAGUUCAAUCCUUAGUUCAAUCAAAGUGAAGUCAAAAUGACGUCUUACUUUUCUAUUUCCCUUUUUAUAUUUAUAGUCAUGUUAUACUUUAUAAAUAGUACCUUAUUGUCAAGGUACAGAAAUCCGAAUGAAUAUUUAUCACCUUCGGAUACUCAAUUUGUUCAGCAAAUACCUGAUGACAUGUUUGAAAGCCUGGUUAUGGAGAGACCAGAACUGAGGGGAGUCCUGACGUCCGUCCGAAGGGCCAAGGUGCGGCACCCGGUGUUGGAGCCAGUGGAGAGCCAGCCCGCCUUCCGCGUGCUGUACCUCGAUGAGGACGAGGAAGAGGAAGAUGAGGCGCCCGCUUUCAUACCCGCGCCCACGUACAUACCCAAGUCCAUCGCUGACUCCACCCGCCCGCCAGACUACACGGACGACAUGGACGAUGCGGACGAUGCGGACGACGAGGACCACAACCCUGGACAGGAAGAGGGGCUCGACACUGAGCAUUCCAAACACAAAUCCACGAGACUCUUACCUUUUAUUGUAAGGCCAGUGCAAAAUAAGUCGCGCCGUUUUUUUUUUGAUUGGUUUGAUUUCGAUUUUUCAGGAAAGAAAGACGCCCCGUGGAAGGCGUCUUGCUUUUUGUGCAAUAAGUGGGAUCAGAAUAUACCUUUGGGAGCUGCUUGUUAUAAAGCUUUCCAUUCAGCUGAUCAGCGAUAUAUCAGCAUGAAGAGGUUUUUUCGGGCCAAUUGCUACUAUCACCCAGAAGUGCAGGGUUUUGAAAUCAGUACAUUUGAAUGGGGUGGCCAGAAGUACUCGGGAGACAAAGGCCUGAAGAGACGGUAUUAUGGUCUGUAUACUGGUGGAUGCUUCAAGAGGUUUCUGGAUAUCGGUGAGGUGUACACGGCGCGCGGGUGUCGCGCGCACUGGCCUGACUUCCAGAAAAACUUACUGAGCCACCGUUUCCGGCGGCUGGAGGCGUUGCUGUUCAAGAAGCCCGAGGGCUGCAUCAGCAGCCACGCAGCCAGCCUCGUGCCCUUCUCUCGCGGUAUCUCGCUGUUCUCUCGUUUUCACGUUUGUACCUGUAAAAGAAGGUGGUGUAACUCUGCGCCCCCUAACAAUACUCCUACAUUAGCCGUGUUUAUAGUUACUCUUUUAUUCAUACGUUUCAUUUAGAAUAUUUUAACGUUUUGUUACCUAUUUAAUUUUUAAUGCUUAUAUGUGUAGAUUUGGUAAGAUAAUAUUAUUCAUCGUUUAUAUAUUUACUGGCUUGUGGGCAA